AUGUGUUUAACUUAGUCAUUGUUUGUUUAGUCACUCAAAUCUAAUAGACCGGGAACAGGUCGCAGAAAUAUGAUGUUAUUUACGUGUGCUACAGAUGAAAUAGAGGUGUUUGUCCAUUUCCUCAUUUGUUACACUGACACCAGAAGUGGCAGUCAAGAUGGUGGUCUGACCAGUGAUUAUUUUUGGAUGGCUAUACUGAAAUUGUGGCUUGGCAUGUUUCCUGUGUUGGUUUUUUUCAUACAACAUAAUGAGAAACAGACGUGUUUUUUUUUUUUAGAUUUGAUUUUGCAUCAAUGUAUUUUUGGGGUUUAACUUCUGUGUCUGUAUAGCACAAAUAUGUUAUCACAAAAUGUAGAUAUAUUGAACCUUUGUCUUUAUCAUUUACUCACUAUUUCAGGAACCAAGUGCAACACUUAAAUUAGAUAAUAUCUGCAGUGCCUGCGCAGGAAGUGACUGUGUCAAAUUAACUGAGCUUUGAGAGAAAGGGAAGUGAGGAAAGAAAAGAAUUUAUAGAAAACGCAUGAGCUCAUAGGUGUAUGAGGUUUUUAAUGUGCCCACAGUUCUCUGUUCUGUCUAGUAUGUAUGCUUUAGUAUUAAGGUAGAGAUAUAUUUUCCAGAAGCAGAGUUUCAUUGCUGGUUGUCAGGAUGGGACACACUUUGUUCUGUGUACUGGGAUUAUUCAUGCUGGAUACUCUCCUGUGCUAUGGAUUCUGUAAAGAUGCAGAUGGACCUAAUGUCACUGUGUCUGCAUCAUGGCUGAGUCCUGGAGCCUCAGUAACUUUGACCUGUGAGGUCAAACCUGCGUCUAAAGGGUGGAAGUUCUUCUGGUCUAAAGUUGUUCCCAAACUAUCAAAUGGCUUCUAUGACCGUGAACUGCUACCUGGUGACAGCAAUGGGACUGAGGGGAAUUCCUUUGUUGUCCCUGGUCAGACACAUACAGCAGGAUAUUCGUGUAGAGCUGGAAGAGAUCCGCUGAAUUACACUCCAUAUAGCAGACCUAAGUUUGUCUGGUCUAGAGAUGUUUCAGCAUUACCAUCAAUCAAAGUGAAUCCAGCCAGAGAGCCAUACUUUACCAAUGAGUCUAUCUCACUGAGCUGUGAGGGAAACUCUACUGAGUGGAGAGUGAUGAGGUUUACUGAAGGAGGCUAUCCGUCCAACUGUUCUAACUGGGGGAUAAUGACUGGAUCCACAUGCAAACUCACAAAGUUCCGAAAGAAAGCAGCAGUGUACUGGUGUGAGUCUGGAUCAGGCCAAUUCAGCAAUGCAGUCAACAUCACUGUACAAUAUGUGCCUGAAAGCUCUUCAUUUCCUGUGCUGACUGUUGGGCUGGUCUGUGGAAUUUCAGUGAUUAUCUUCCUGCUAAUGUUGUUUUGCUGGAGGAAGUCCAAGGAUCCAUGCUUUGUCAGAACCAGUCGGGGCUCUGCUCCAGAUCACAUGGUUAACAAGAAUGAAACUGAACCUAACCCCACUCAUCUCUAUGAUGAUGUUCGUCUCUCUGAAUCAUUCAAAGGCCAUUCAAACACUGGCACUGAUGAAUCCCAGGGUGUCACAUACUCUGUGAUUAGCCUUGAAAACAUCAGAGAGAAGGUUAAUCCAGGGAAGAGUCAUGGACCAGAGGACUGCAGCAUUUACUAUAAUAUAAAGUUUAGAUCAGCUGCAGGAAAAUCAGCACCUGCAGCGAUGGAAGAAACUUUUUAUUCUCAAGUCCAACUGUAGGAGCAGCUCUUGAUAAUAAUGCAGCAGGUUUUGGUCUAUUUAGGGUGCUCCAGAGAAAAUGACUGAAUUAGACCUUGAAUAACAACAUAUUUCUACUUUCUGUUAAUAGAACUGUAUUCUUUUUAUCUUUGAAUUAGUAGUGAACUGUUUCUGUUGUCUUUUAAAAAUGAAUUGUUACUGGUGCUUAAUUUAGUCUGCAUUAUUAAACUUGCUCUGUUGCACCAUAGAUAAUGCUGUUUUCCUGUAAAAUCUUGCCCUUGUCACAGGUAAGAUUAUUUUACAAACUGUCAUUGCAUUCCUCUGGCAGAGUUUAGAGCUCUCACAUGUUCCUCCUUCCUGGAACUAAUGGUGAUGACUCAAGUGAUUAUAGUGAGAUUUGAUUGACAAAAAAUUACAGAGUUCUCAGACAUCCAAUAGGAGCCCAGUUUGUUACCCUGUUUUAUUUGCAUAAUUAGGCAAACCCAUAAACAUUAAUACUAGAAUUAAAAAAAGUAAAAUUCACUUACAAGUCACUGAGAACAAAUUUUACCACCUCAAUUAAAUAGAGGGUGGUCCUGUUGAGUAGCAUACUGCCUAAUCAGGCAAAAUUGCAAUUGAUAUCAAAGUCAGUGAGGAUUCAGUGCUUAGAGACUUAGAGAGUAUCUGGGCUGCAGUUUAAGUUACAUGGAUUUGCAUUUUGCCACUUGUAUCUGUUAAAAGACUGAAGUUUGAAUAAAGUUAAAAAAACAAAAACAAAAA